AUGGCUCUCAGCAACCUCACUAUUGGAGUGGUCUGCUGUGUGCUUGUAGCCAUCGUCGCUUUGGCUACAAGGAAGCAGCCAGACCCAAGGGAACCACCCUACGUCAAAGAACAAGUCCCGUAUUUCAGUCAUAUUUACGGACUCUUGAAGCAUGGCCUACGAUAUUUUGACCUCGUCAGCGCCCAACAACCGCAUCCAAUCUUCACAAUUGACAUGUCGGGACAGAAGAAUUACAUCGUGACAUCCCCAGAGCUUGUUCAGGCUGUUCAGCGAAACACCACAUCUCUUUCUUUCAGUCCGGCCAUGAUCCCGGCGUUUCGUCGAAUGAUGGGAUUCGAUGAAGAAGGCAUUGAGCUCAUCUUUCGUGAUGCUCAUACUGAGAAUGGCAUGUACGGUGAGAUUCACAAAGUCCAGAAGGCUUCAUUGCUUCCUGGGACAGAAUCGCUGGAUGAGCUAUGCACACUCAUUCGUGGGAAACUGUUGAACAUUGUCAACGACCUUCCUUCGAGCCAAACGAUUGAUCUCUACGCAUGGGUUCAGGAUCUUUUCAUGAGAACAAACAACUCUGCUUGCUUCGGCGAAAAGGAUCCCUUCACUCUUAAUCCAUCACUCAACUCAACCUUCUGGCUAUGGGAAGCCAACAUCAAAGUUCUCCUUCUUGGAGUCCCUUGGUUCUUGAGUCCCAAGAAGCACUCAACUGCACAGAGAACUCGAAAGGAGCUCGUUGACGCAUUUUUGACAUAUCUCAACGAUGACGGUCUGGAUACUGCAUGUUCAUUUAUCAAGGAACUCUCGGGUCUUGGUAUUCGACGAGGUCUCAGUAAUGAGAACAAUGCCCGCGCUCUUCUAGGCAGUAUCUUAGCCAUUGUUGGGAACACAAUCCCCACAACGUUUUGGCUAUUGAUUUCAAUCUUCUCCAGACCCGAUCUUUUGAAAGAGAUUCGAUCGGAGCUCGAAGCCAGCUUGGAAAAUCCCUUGUCUCGUAAAGGAGUUUCUUUGGACUACACCACUAUUCGUGAGAGGUGUCCCGUUUUCAUGUCAACCUACGAUGAAGUGCUCCGUAUGACAAGUGGUAUCGCAACAGUCCGAUACACGAACGAAGACACUCUGAUUCAAGAUCGUUGGCUAUUGAAAAAAGGAGCUCAAGUCCAGAUGCCAACGGCGUUCAUCCACGCCGACCCAACCACCUGGGGCGCAGACGCAGACGUCUUUGACCACACACGGUUCCUCAAGACAAAGAUUCUCACCAAGGAACAGAAGACUCGACGCGCUGCAGCUUUCAGGCCCUUUGGCGGUGGUAACACUCUGUGCCCUGGUCGUCAUUUCGCAUCUUAUGAAGUUCUUACCUUUGUGGGCAGUAUCCUGCUAGGCUUUGAUGUGACGCCUACGGCCGAAACGUUCGAGGUUCCGCCGAUGGAUAGGUCAAAGCUUCCUUUGACUUCGCUGAAGCCGGCUGGUGACAUUAAGGUUAAUCUGGUGAGGAGGCCUGGGUGGGAAAAGACAGAGUUUGAGUAG